AUGAACCGAUUAAAGAAUACUGUAGCAUCAAUUUUCUCAAUUUUAUUGUCAGUUUUGGUAGCUAAAGUUGAAAUUAUCAGUACUUUGCGUCUCCUUCAUAACUUACGACAGCGAAGAAUUUUGAAUAUGAUAACAAGCAUCGACCAGCGUCAGAGUAUUUUCAGGAAUUUAAUGGCGAUGAAGAAUGCUCGCAGAAAUCCAAAAAGAAGGUUCUGGAUCAAGCCAGGGCGAACGGAUGGUUGGUGGCAAAACUUUGUAGACAAUGUUGUUGUACCAGAAGAAUGGAGAGAGAACUUUCGCAUGAGUAAGAACAGUUUUCUUCUACUGUGUAACAAGCUAAGGCCUUUUUUGGAAAAACAAACUACAAAUAUGCGCCAGUCUAUAUCUGUAGAAAAACAACUAGCAGUCACAUUAUAUUACUUGGCCGACGAGGGCAGAUAUAGAAAAGUUGCUAAUGCUUUUGGCAUUUCAAGAUCAGCUGUUUCAAAAGUGGUUAGAAAAGUAUGCCAUGUUAUAACAAAUGAACUAGGACCAACAUACAUCAAGACACCUCAAACUGAAGAUGAAGUACAGUUUCUUACUGAAAAUUUCUAUAUGCAUCAUGGUUUUCCUCAAUGUUUGGGUGCAGUAGAUGGAACCCAUGUAUUUAUUCGUCAGCCUUCAAAAAACCCAACUGACUUUUUAAACAGAAAAAACAGAUAUUCCUUGAAUGUCCAGGCAACCUGUGACUAUCGGUAUUGCUUUAUAGAUGUUGUAGUAAAAUGGCCUGGUUGUGUGCAUGAUGCACGAAUCUUUGCUAAUUCUGCAAUAAACAAAAUGUUACAAAAUGGUGAUAUUCCACCAUGUCAGAAAGAAAUCGUUGAAGGUCAUGACAGUGUCCCUGUCUGUCUCCUUGGUGACCCAGCAUAUCCACUUCAGCCAUAUCUCAUCAAAGAAUAUGCCAAUGGAGGUAAAACAAUUGAUGAGCAAUUUUUUUGUCAUCGUCUCUCGUCUGCAAGAAUGGUAAUCGAAUGUGCUUUUGGCAGACUCAAAGCAAGAUUUGGAGCACUACGUCGAGAAAUGGACAUAUGUCAGACCAGUCUGUCAGAUGUGAUAUACAGCUGCUUUGUACUACACAAUUUUUGUGAACUUCAUAAAGAAAGAGUGCCUGAGGAACACAUAAAAGCUGCUAUGAAUUAUGAUAGAGAUUUUCAGCCAAACUCUAGUGGAAAAAGAAACAAUUCAGGAGAAUCAGAAGGCAAAAAAGUCAGAGACAUCUUCAAAUUAUACUUUAACAACAACUGACAUUUUAAAAACUUUCCAAUUAUUAACGUUUAAACAUUUCAUCCCAAAAACAGUUUAUCUUAGUUUUAAUGAUACAGUUUGUUAUGUUGAUUUCCAUUAUUUCUAACCAAGUUAAUUUUGUUUAGAGUUAAAAAUCAGUUGAAUCAAUAUAAUAUGAUACUUCUUAAUUAAGAAAGCUUGUUUGAGUUUCUACAAUAGUGUGCUAGUAUGGAAAAAUUGUAAGUAAAAUAGUUUUUCGAGUUACAAAUCAGUAUAAUGUGGCUCUGAACUGUCUUCAUUUCUGUUAGUGCUUCGAUUGUACAUUAUGUUUUGCCACUGGUUCCCAUUUCCUUGCCCUUGGUAGUAAUUGGGUGCUGGAUAAAACUCUUGCAUUGGCUGAAACAUCAUUUGCAUCAUUUUAAAGCCUUCUGACAUUGUCUUAUUCAAAUCUUCUGAAAGUUGCCUAAUUGUUGAAGAGAACUGUUUCUCAGAGGACUCAAAUUGAGCAACAAGCUUCUUUUUCAAUUCUAUGUCUUCCUUUCUCAUCUCAGCCUCUUCUGUUGCAAAAUUUAAAAUCUUCUCUUGGAAAGUAGUCUUCUUGAUUGACUUGGAAUUUCGGCGGUCUUUUAACAAAUUUGCAAGUUCUUCUCUCCUAAGCUUCAUUUUCUUUUUUAAUGGUUCACAGGAUAUUGGUGAAUCUUCGUCAAUGUAAUCAAUAUUCUCUUCAUUGUUGCCAGCAAUACUUGAUCCCUGAGAAUCCACUUCUAUAGGAGAAUUCUCCUCUGCCAAUAUUUCUUCAUCAUUUGCGGGAUUAUUUACGCCUGUUGUUUCAAAACCUCCAUCAAUGCUUGUUGCUGCUGGGCAUCCAGCCCAUAUUUCAGAACACUCCUGGUAAAGAGAAGACACUAUUCUGCCACCACCACUUUUUCGCCCACUGUCGAGUGCUUUUCUGAAACUAUUUUUCAUUUUUUUCAGUUUCAAAGAAACUUUAGAAGCGGAAAAUUCUUCUUUGGUUUCUCCUCUUGGAAAUUCAUCAGUAACUUCAUCUUGAUAGGCCUCUUGUAAACGGCAUGCCAAGUCUUCGUACUUGGAGCGAAUGGUUUCCCAGUCCUGUCCAGCUGCAUAUUUGGCUGUUUUGUAGUCCAAGACAAUUUUCAACAAUAGUGCAGUUUCUUCUUCUGUCCAAACGAAAAGUUUCUUGGUAAUGUUUGUUGCUGCCAUGUUGAUAAAAAUUGUCGUAAUCGAGUCGAAUGAUGCGAUUUACAAGUUUUGGCGCCAAUCGAACAGAAGGAAUUACUGCGCAUGCUCUCCCUCCUCUGAAGCAAUUUCUGGAACGGUUCCAGGAUGCCCGUGUAAAUGCAAGCAGAAAAAAUUUGGAACCGUUCCAAACGGCACGGUUCCAAAUGGAACCGUUCCAUUUUCUCUCGUGUAAACAGGGUCUUAAUUAAACGCCAGGUGGUUUGUUCAGCCAUGUAAAAGAAGAAAUUCUGGUCGCCAGAAUUACUGAGAGCAAGACUUGUUGGGACAAAUGAUCGCUCCAAGCAUGUUGUUAUGGACAGGGCAGAGGUAUCAUUUGUAUCAUAACUAAGUUUUCAAAUUCAUCCAUUGUCAAGAUUGUUGUAAAAAGCACUUUGAUUUAAACAUAUGGUGAUGCUAUUUAUAAUUUUUUGGUCUAAAGACAAUAGUGGGGGCUUCUUUAGAGAAUAUGUUUGUUCCCAACCGUAAACUUUCGUCUAUUGAUUGUGUGAAGUCACAUGAAAGAGAUCCAUAUAACCUAGUAGUUGCAUCAUUAUAAAUGUUCAAGAAAGUAUUGGAGCAUGUUGGCAUAAUCUGUUCUGCGAGAAAUUUUAUCUCUACAAUAAUAUUAAUGUGCUCAUAUGCAAAUGAGCUCACUCUGCGUAUAUUGGUCUGAUCAUAUCUGAUAUUGGUCUGAUCACAUUGAAGAUUCUUGCACGAUUUCAGCAAAAACUGCUGCACCCCUUGAACUGAGUUCAACGAGGGUUGCGAUUGUGUGUAAAGGUCACAAAUCUAUGUUUGCUCGCUUCCCUCGAUCCAAAUAUGCGAUGUGACUCCCAUCAAUGCGCCUUACGCAACGACGGCAUUUUUGGGCGCUUUGCUCCCUUCGUUAACUUUUUCAAAGGCUUUUUCUAGGGCUUUUCUGGAUGUUUUUAAAACAUCGAUUCUCAUCCAGCUGUUGAUAGAAAACUUUGACCUUUGAUUCUUAUUGUUUUCCAUCCCUAACUUUUUUGAAAGAGUUAGGAUUUGACUGUUUUUCAAAGGAUUUUAAAGUGCUUUUUUUGGAAGACACUAUCAAAGGGUUUUUAUCCUUUUUUGAGCCAUGUUUUCAUUCAGGUGUAGUUCCAGAGACCACUGCUUUAUCUCCCAUCUUUCUCAUUUUUUCAAUCCAGCACAUAACUUUUUACAACAUAUAACUUUAACAAGUCUAUUUUCAUGAUUUCAGAAACAUGAUAGAUGAGUGGCUUCUGUUCAGAAACAUGACAGAAGGUUCUAUGUAUCGAGAAAAAUGAUAUGACUUAAAGUGUCUAUGCAGCGAAAUUUUAUGUCCAUCUUUUUUUUAAGAGUUAUAUUUCCUAUCUUUUCUGAUACGUUUGACACCAAAAUUGUCAUAAUUUGACCAGCAAAAGUGUGUUCAAUCAGAGUUUGAAAUUAGGUAGUGCUUGCGAAAAUCCAGGCCAGUUUGUGAUGUGACAGUGAUGAGUCGGGUCGACAGCAAUCAGGAAACUGCGGUUGUACAGAAUAGGUUCUAGUGAGGGAGAUAUGAAGAAUAAUUGUGCAAAUUGUGAUACAAGCACCAAAAUUUCAGAGAACACCAAGUUUGAUACGCUGAAAGAGAUUUGGUAUAGACCUAAAUCAUAUCUUGCCCAUAAGAUCUAUUUUGAGACUGGGGUACUCAGUCAGGACCCCUAAUUGUACCUUUGGUCAUAAAGGGGGAACGCCAAGCCAUAGAAAGUUGAAAUUCACAAUAAAAAGACAGUUUAACUAGACAAUAAAAUGUGAUAUAGACCCAAUUCAUAUAAUGUCCCUAAAUUCUAUUUUUAGACUGGGGUACUCUGGUCCAGACCCCUAAUUGUACCUUUGGUCAUAAACGGGGAACGCCAGGCCAUAGAAAGUUGAAGUUCACAAUUUCAAGGCAGUUUAACAAGCCGAAAAAGAUGUAAAAUAAACCCAAUUCAUAUAAUGUCCCUAAAUUCUAUUUUUAGACUGGGGUACUCUGGUCCAGACCCCGGGCCAAAAACGGAGAACGCCAGGUCAUAGAAACUUGGAAUUCUCGAUAUAAAGGCAGUUUGACAUGCAGAACAAGAUUGGAUAUCGAACCAAAUCAUAUCUUGCCCCUAAUUUCUAUUUGAAGACUGGGGUACUCAGAUUCAGACCCCUAAUUCUAUCAUUGGCCAUAAACGGAGAACAGGAAUUCUCAAUAUAAAGGCAGUUUGAUACGCUGACACAGAUGUGAUAUAGUUCCUAUUCAUAUCUUGCACUCUAAAAAUAGAACAAGGGGAGCAAUUUUCAGAGGGGGUCCAUAUCCUAUCUUUUUAAGCGUAUCAAACUGCCCCUUAUUGCGAAGUUUCAUGCUCUUCUACAAAAGUGAGACUGAGAUACGAUAAUACCGUCAAUAAAGGCCUAGGACAAAGUACCCCAAUCUAAAAAUAGUACAAGGGGGCAAUUUUCAGUCGGGGUCCAUAUCCUAAUUUUUUAAGCGUAUCAAACUGCCACUUAUUGCAAAGUUUCAUGCUGUUCUACAAAAGUGAGACUGAGAUACGAUGAUACCGUCAAUAAAGGCCUAGGACAAAGUACCCCAAUCUAAAAAUAGUACAAGGAGGCAAUUUUCAGUCGGGGUCCAUAUCCUAUCUUUUUAAGCGUAUCAAACUGCCCCUUAUUGCGAAGUUUCAUGCUCUUCUACUAAAGUGAGACUGAGAUAUGAUAAUACCGGCAAUAAAGGCCUAGGACAAAGUACCCCAAUCUGAAAAUAGUACAAGGGGGAAAUUUUCAGUUGGGGUCUUUAUCCUUUCAUUUUUAGCGUAUCAGACUGUCACUUGUUACAAAGUUUCAUGUUAUUGUACUUACUUACAGCAGAGAUAUCGUAAUAUCACCGCUAGAGUCUUGGGGCAAAAUACCCCAGCUAAAAAUAGCUGAAGGGGGCAAUUUUCAGUUUGGGUCCCUAUCCUAUCUUUUUCAGCGUAUCAAACUGUCCAUUAAUGCAAAGUGUCAUGCUAGUAUCACAAUUUGCACAAUUCGACCUAAUAAAUGAUUUAAUAGGCCUGACUAAAUGGUUUCGCCUCGACUCAUCACUGUGACGUCACAGCAGGAAAUAAAAUUUUGCAACACUACUGUAAAAUACGCAUACUUUGACAUUCAAUAAAAAAAGAACCAUUUAACUUAUCGGAAUUUUGUUUUUUGUAUAAGACCAAGGGCAAAGGAUUCUAUAGAUUUCUUUUAAAAUAUUGGAAUGGUAAAUUUUGCUGCAUAAGCACUAGGAAUGCUCUUUAACUAUUUCUUUAUACUUCAUUCCUCAUAAUAUUGAUUUGUUUUUUUGUUUGACUUAUAUUUCCAGAUUCAAAGAUCAUAUUUCGGUUUUCUACUUUUCUGCUUUCGCACUUUAAACCCCUUUAGCAUUUACCAGACGUUUACAGAGGGCCACGAGGGGUCUAUCACUCUUGCCAAGCAGUGCACGAGAUUUUUAAAACAAUAGGAUUUUUAGGGAUUUUUGGUGGAUUCUUCUAAAAAACAAUCGUGCAUGUUACAGCUCCUUCUGUGAUUCUGUUUCUUUUUAUGGAAUCCUUCCCUAUUCUACACCGCCGGAGAACCUUUAUCUGAUAAGGAUUUAUCCCUCCAAUUUAAACCAAAACAAAGGGGGGGGGCCAUUUAAUUAUUUCCUGCAAUUAUACCGUUUUACCUUAUAUGUUACCUUUCCAAAAAUUACCUAUAAAUGAUGUUUUCUUUACAUUUAUCUAUCAAGUUCCAUCUGGAUAGAGGAGGAUACAACAAAGAAUCAAUAUGAGCCACUUUGCUAAAGUCGUUUAUUGCAAUAAAACCAAGGUAUGAUUGUUAUGAUUAUAAACGAAUGGUUACAAAUCUAAUGUAUUGAGCAAUACUUAUUUUUCCACUGCUUUCAAAAUGCAAAAAUUAGCACAGCCUUUCCACUAAGGGAAAACUAUUUGAGUCAUUAAAAGAAAGCUACUUGAGUACACGGGAAUAUUUCAAGAAAUCUGGAGUUAAUUUAUCUGUUGGACUUUAAUUAGAUAACUGGCCCAUUAGAAUGCCCGCUACGCAGGCUGUCUCCAUUUCCCUAUGACUAUCAGCCACACAAAUAGAAAAAUGAUUAUUACCUAUACAAUAACCAUACAAUAAAGCCCCAUACCUAGCCCACCCUGACCCCAGACAAUAGUAACAUUAGCCUUGGAAAGACAAGAUCUAUAUUAGCCUCCAUCUCAAAAAAUCAGAUGGACCCUGCACAGGACAUGUGAUUUCAUAGAAGAACGAAUAACUACCACACCUAUCUCUGAUCAGCACCAAAGCGAGGUCGUGACGCACGCAUUAUAGCAGCAGCGUUACAACCAUACAGUGGUUGCCACAAAAGAUAAACAGAAGACUAGCUUCCAGUAAAGCCUGCUACAUGGGCCCCCUGCCUAAUGGAUAAUAGUAACAUUAGCCUAGGAAAGACAAGAACAGCCCCCUACAACCAGAAAGAUUAGCCUUCAAAAGACAAGAGAUGUAUCAACCUCGAUUUGAAAAUAAUUAGCUCUGUACAUAUCACGUGAUAAAAAAAUACUUGCACUCCUGUGCGUAAAAAAUUCGCCCUCUUGUGACUAUCGCUAGGAAGGGGGGGGGGGAGCCUCUACCACAUUUCUAUCUUAGGUAUAUAUAUUUAUAUGGGUGCCUAUUGUCCUGUACCCAUAUUUAAGAAACACUCUUCUCUUCCCUAAACCAACGAACUAAAAACGAACUAAAAAUGAACAACGAAGAGAAAACAGUCAUCCUUCAUUUCAGAGGAGAGGUGAAAGAAAGUACUCUUCCUAUCUGGAAUACUAUCUUCAGGAAUUCAAACAUAUUCGCUUUGCAAAGAACAACACCUGAAUUUUUUUCUUAUACGACGCAUUGCUACUUCUUUCUAUGACAUUAGGCAAAAGGAUUCUCUAAACGUUAUCAAAAUUAUAUUUUUGUAACCCUUUCCAUGUUCACAAUUGGAAUGCAGUCAAUAAUUUUUUUGAUAAUUUUUUCAACAGAAUCUACCAAACAAUUAUGGCAGCAUACAGCGCCUCGAAAUGGAAGCUCCCAGGGCAAAAAACAGCUAAAGAAUAAAUGUAAUAAGACAAAAAGAUCUGAAGAAGUUACCUUAAUUCUCUUACCAGAUGCUGAUGACGAGCAAGAAAACUGAAUUUAUAGCAAAAAACAAAAUUCAUGCAUCUCUACAGGAAACCAAGGAACACAAGGAGCAGUAGAGUUAGAGAGACUGUAACUUUCAAUUUUUCAUUUUUCUAACUAUCUUUUAAUUCCAAUCUUCGUGUUCAGUUUCUUAAUUUUAGGUUUUUGAAUCAAGCGUAUCAUUUUAAUUAGUAGAUUGGAUGAUUAGUUAAUUUUGACAAUUAAUCAUCGUUAUCCAAUAAUUUCCAAUAAUUGACAUCCAAAUAAGGGCAGGUUUCUUUCCAUAUUCACAUGGUUCAAAUAAGGGCAAGUGUCUUUCAAUGAUCACAUGACCAUUUUGCCUCAUAAAUACGAGUUAGAAAUCUAAUAUCCACAAUACGAGUUAGAAAUCUCCACCUGGCCUUGAAGCGUCCAAAGGCACAUUCUAUUUGGUUUCUUGCGAACCUGAGCAUGGUAUUGAAUAAAACGUCUUCAUUGCUUGCACAAGUUUGGUACUCUUUCAUGCAGAAAGGGGUUAAGGGAUAAGCUUUAUCACCAAUAAGAUCGUCUGGGACUGCCUCGAAUCUAGGAAGAACAGUGCUAAACUUCAGGGGAAGCUGAGCUCUGUAAAGUUUCACGUUGAUAUCUGAAUUGGCAAAAACCUUGGCAUCAUGAACUGAUCCAGGCCACUUGCACUCGACAUUGACAAACUGGCCAUUAGCAUCACUAACUGCUUGGAUGUUUAAUGAGAAGAACUGUUUAUAGUUGAAAUAGUCUUGGGAGUUUCUUAUAGGUCUCUUCAUAGGAAUAUGGGUCCCAUCUAUGCACCCAAAUGCCUGAAUCAUGCCAAAUUUCAGUUCGAAUUCUGAAACUUAAUGUCACAUAUCUCUAGGCAAAUGUAAAUAUUUUGGUCCUAAAUUUAUGCAAAUUGCAGAACAAACACAAUAAACUGUCUUUUAAACUGUGCAUUGAUGUAUCCCAAAAGUGUUAGCAGUCAUCCAUAGAGAGCUUGUUUCUUUGAGGUAAUUGAGAUAAGGUGAUUGCCAGCUUUUUGUCAGUUGUGAGACCUCGAUAGUUUGGGCUGCCAUUUCUAGGCCCAAUAGAAGGUCUCAGUUCAUCAGCCAGGCUCAUGAACGAAAUUCUUGACAUACGAAAAUUCUUCUUCCAGCAGUAUUUUGGCACAUCUUUACGGCCAAUGGUCUGUACGGCCAUUGGCAACCCAGGUCGAUCGUGGCCUACGAAGGACUCGACGCGCUUGAAUAUGUUGCAUCUUUUUUUGGAGUUUGCUUUUCUUUGCACUGAAUAAUGCAGACAUUGUAAGAUUUCUUUUCAUCUCCAGCAUUUUGUACGUUAUCACAAGGCCAUGCAGUUGAAGAAUUAGGUAUAUUAGCGGGAAAAAUUGGCUAAAUCACUGGCUAAAUCUUAUCCGUUUCGAAAACCAACAUGCAAUUAGGACAAAUGCAAAGUAUGCCAACUGGACUCGGGUGUUAACUGUAAGGUGUUGUCUACCGAAUGAAAUGCCAAGGGUGUACCAAACAAGAAAAUAAUGAUUGGUGAAACGGCGAGAAGCAUAGGAAAAAGAAUAAACAAACAUUUAACUAAAUAUGAGGCAGGCGACAAAACCUCAAUUUUCCACAAGCACGUUGAAGAAAAACACCACAGCAAAAUAAACAAUUAAAAUACUUGCGCCUUGUGGCAAUGAUGCAAUGCUACACAAGUAACAUAGGCUGUAUUUAUUAAAGAAUUAAACUAGGAACUAAGCAGCAAUGAAGAAUGGUGUAAUUCAAACAGUCUACGCAACAAAGAAAUAAAAUUUGAUGCAGCAAAUCAAUGGAGCCGAAAAACAACGACCUUUAGUAGAAUGCAAGAGUCUAACUCGAUUCUUACUGAGGAGGCUGCCGAAGGGCAGCGAAUAUUCUAGAGAAAAAUUUGUUUGAUCAUGUAUGUGUUUUCUAAUUAUGGUUUAUAAAUGUACACAGUUAUUAUUUGUCAUACAAAACUUGACCCAGAAAGCCAGUGAAGGAAAAUAAUCUGGUUUUCAUCCCAGUGAUUCAAUAAUUAAUCAGCUUAUCUCGAUUAUACACACAUUAAUUGAUUGUGAUGUUGUUAGAUACCAGCAUUUUAUACAAAAUGCUUCAUUUUCUAGCAAUAGUCUCACAAGAAAUAAUAAUGAUAAAACAUAGUAUGACACUGGAUAGUAACUAGAAGAUAUUUUGAAUUGUAUUUAGUUUUCUUUUCACUAUUUUCUUAGAAAAAGCAUUUGCCUUUCAACCCUCUUGAAAAAUUGUGCAUGAGAGUCACCAUGUUGCUGCUUUGAUGUUCAGAAAAACCAGCAUUGUUACUAGAUUUCUCAUUUCCGUGGCAAUAGUCUCACAAGAAGUAAUAAUGAUAAAACAUAGUAUGACACUGGAUAGUAACUAGAAGAUAUUUUAAAUUGUAUUUAGUUUUCUUUUCACUAUUUUCUUAGAAAAAGCAUUUGCCUUUCAACCCUCUUGAAAAAUUGUGCAUGAGAGUCACCAUGUUGAUGCAUUGAUGUUCAGAAAAACCAGCAUUGUUACUACAUUUCUCAUUUCCGUGGCAAUAGUCUCACAAGAAGUAAUAAUGAUAAAACAUUGUAUGACACUGGAUAGUAACUAGAAGAUAUUUUGAAUUGUAUAUAGUUUUCUUUUCAAUAAUUUCUUAGGAAAAGCAUUUGCCUUUCAACUCUCUUGAAAAAUUGUGCAUGAGAGUCACCAUAUUGAUGUUCAGAAAACCAGCAUUGUUACUAGAUGUUCUUCAUUUUCCUGGCAACAGUCUCACAAGAAGUAAUAAUGAUAAAACAUGGUAUGACACUGGAUAGUAACUAGAAGAUAUUUUAAAUUGUAUUUAGUUUUCUUUUCAAUAAUUUCUUAGGAAAAGCAUUUGCCUUUCAACCCUCUUGAAAAAUUGUGCAUGAGAGUCACCAUGUUGAUGCAUUGAUGUUCAGAAAAACCAGCAUUGUUACUAGAUUUCUCAUUUCCGUGGCAAUAGUCUCACAAGAAAUAAUAAUGAUAAAACUUAGUAUGACACUGGAUAGUAACUAGAAGAUAUUUUGAAUUGUAUUUAGUUUUCUUUUCACUAUUUUCUUAGAAAAAGCAUUUGCCUUUCAACCCUCUUGAAAAAUUGUGCAUGAGAGUCACCAUGUUGCUGCUUUGAUGUUCAGAAAAACCAGCAUUGUUACUAAAACUUUUACUGUAGUUCGAUGUAAUGGCGAAGUUGUCACUAUCAUCUAUGGUGAAGGAUGGUUAUGGAUUCGAUUCUCGAGAAGAACUUGAAGAUGAAACAUUAUCCAUUGAAAGGUUGUUAGAAGUUAUUACUCGUAACACGUUUUUGUUAAAAAUACAACUACUAGAAUAUUUACGAGACGUCAAAAUGAUGUGUUUGACACCUCUUCCAAGUCCAAAAUGGACUGAUAAAUAUGAAUCAUUUAUGACUGAUUGUGAAAAGAUUGAGGACAGUAAAUUAUUCGCAUCUUUAUAUAAUGUUCCACUUUUGGAUGAAUCUUUGACAAACUCACUAAGCAGUAAUCUCACACAGUAAAUAGUAUGCGUUGCAAAUAGAGAUUAUUCAAAUAUUGAAAUAUCUUUCUUCAACACCUGAUCUAGAAAAAGAAUAUGGAGGCGGGUUUGCAGAAGAUGACUGUAUACAAAUAUUACACAAUUUCAGUCAAUAAAAACCUUCGUCAUAACAACAUUUUUACAAGAUAAUAAAUGAUAAAAGUUUCCCAAUUGGGUUUUUUCUAAAUACUGGUGACCAUCAAAAUGGUGGAUUACAUUGGCAAGCUUUAUACUGUGAUAGACUUGGAAUGUCAUAUUUUUCGAUUCUUACGAAAGAAAACCCAAUAAAUUAUUUUUCCGAAUUUCAACAUCUUGUUAGAACACUAUAUUAUUAUUUCGUUUUAUACGAUUUUAACAUUAGAUCAGCUGUCAAACAUAUGACUGCGAGUACUUUGAAACAAGCUAGAGAGGAUGCAAAAAGGUUUAAAACUAGUCAAACAAUUAGAUAUUUUGAUCCUCAAAUUUAAGACGACAGCAGUAAUGUUUGUGGGGAAUAUAGUACUUAUUUUCUUUAUAAUAUAUCUUUAAAAGUUAGAGAUCCAGCUGUCAAUGCUUAUACAGUCUUUUUUUCUUUUUCAAGUCAAAAGAAGAUCAACAUGCCUGUCCUUUAAGCUACAGAAAUCAAUGGAAAAAUUGAAGUUUUUUAAAACUUCGGAGAUUCGGAGAUCUGACUGAGUAACGACAGAUUGAUCAGCCAUGGCUGAGCACGAUAACUUCCAAAAGUUCGUGGACAUGCGGGAUGGAUUGGAGGCGAUGUUUCGUGAAACCUACUCAGAGGAAGCAGAUGUGGAAGAUGUGCAAAUGUUUAUGCAAGCAUGGAAGAAAAGAUUGGAGGGUAUGUUUGACCCGAAGCCUGAAUCUUUUAUGUCUAAUGAUGAAAAAACUUUAUUUCGUUAUUCACAGUUAUGUUUAGAAAUGGCGAUUGUGAAAAACAGACCGAUAGUUGAAGAGGUUCCAGACAUUUACGAAUCGUAUACUAUGGAAUAUUUUAAACGUCGGUUUUUUCCAGUAAUGGAAAAAAUUGCAAUUAGUGAAUAUAGUAACUUUACGUAUAAUUCGAUGGGUUGGCGUAGCCGAUAUUAUCAUCUUUUAUUAUCGAUGGUUAAAGAAAGUUCGGAACUAAAUUUAGACGAUGAAUAUAUUGACGAACGUUUAAAUAUUGAAAGAGUUCUGGAGGUGAUAACACAUAGUAGUUUUCUGUUAAAGCUACAAUUACAGAAAUAUUUAAGAGAAAUUGAAGUUAUGUGUUUGACCUCGUUACCAAGCGAAAAAUUGAGUUUGGGGGAAGAAGUUUUAGAUAUUGAUGGUUCAGAUGAAAAACGACGGCAUAUUCUCCUUGAAUCGUUAUACGAUAUACCGUUAUUGGAUAAUUCUUCGAAAGAGUCUGAAAAAAAAAUAAUCUGCAUUGCGAAUAAAGAUUAUUUGUAUGAGAAUGGAUUCUUUCCAACUACACGAAGCGUUACAGAUAGCGAACUUUCAAAAGACAUACCAAAUUUUUUGUCAGUAGAAACUUGUACACAGUAUUUUGGGCGAAUACAAGAAGUUUACGGGAGAAAGUUAAUGAUGAAAUAGAUAGCUUUUUGGAAGCUAGAAAAAGUCUAUUGGAGGAAAAUUCGAAUGAAAAUAUAUUGUUGAAGGACAAAAUUUUUUUUAACAUCUAUCGUGCAAGCAAUUUGUCGAAGUCUGACGCUAUAGAGAUUAUCGAAAAAGAAUUUUAUACACUCGCCACAAGGAAUCGUGAUUUGAAUGCGGAUGAGCUUUUGGGGGAGUUAUUUGAUUAUUGUAAAACGAAUAAUCUCUUUGAAGAACGUGAACUUAUGAAGAGACAGUAUGAUAUAAAUAUAAAAAAGAUGUUUUAUAAAAAAGACAUACAAAGUGCUGCAACAUAUUCAAUGUUCAUACCAAGUUGGUGAAGGGGGGCCAUAAAAUAUCACUAUUGCUAGCAAGGCAACUUGCUGAGCAUAAUAUUGAGUCAGUGCCUGGUUGGAAGUUGUGUAGAAAGUGUUUUGACAGAGCCACAGCAACACUGAAAGAAACUGGCCUUACGAUAGAAGUUGAUUCAAAGUCAUUCGAGGAUAAGGACAUUGGUGAACUGGAUAGCUCCUUUACUCAAGAACAAAAUAGGGACGCUCUCAAUGAUAGUCUUAUGGCUAUAGGUGCAUCACCAGUAAAAACCCAUGGCAUGCCAAAACAUAGACGCAUAUCAUAAGUAGUGUAUACUAGGGUUCCACCUGUUGCAUAUUAAACCUAGCGCUCCUGCGUAGGGUCUUGUAUAAGACCACGUGGUAGGCUGCUCCGCAGAGGCAAAAUUGUAAAGACUGUUUUAAAAAAAAAAUAACUUGAACUAAAAUCACAAAAAGUUAUAUAAAACUGAUUUUCUUUUUCGUUUUGACUGUUUCAAGAGAGCUGAGAGUGUCAAGAUGUCUAGUUUCAUAUCGCAAGUGAUUUUGUUGUUCUGUUUCUUUUCCUACAUCUAUUGCUUUGAAGAUGGGAUAAAAAUUAAGAGUUUUGAUGUUGAGGUAGGAUCUGCUGCAGAUGCCAACGAAUUGGCUAUCGCUAUGAGAAAAAUGCUGGCUUAUGAUAGAUUCCUUCACAUAGAAUUUCAAACAUCAAAUUUUUAUCUCGGGAAGAAAGUGAUUAUUUCUGUUUUUACAGAUGAUGAGAAAAUAUUCAAGAAAAAUAAUUGCUGCGAAAGACCUGAGGUUUCAUGGGUUAGGGAAGCAGUUGGUGAUACAUUGUUUACCAAAGUUUUGAACAUUCAUUUCCAUAGUUAUAGUGAUGAGAAACAUAUGCAGUUUUUUAAACACGAAGUAAAAACUCAUGUCGAUUUCUAAAUCAUGAUAUUAUAUACAUAAAAUAAUUUGUUUUUCUACAUCUUUUCUACAUUCAACACGUAAUAUAAAAAAAAUGACAUGACGACUAGCGUUCAUGCCAAUUUAAUUAAUUAUACUAAACUUACAUAUAUAAAAAAAGAUAUAAAAUAUAAGAUAUGACGACUAGCGUUCAUACCAAUUAUGAAAUAACUGCCAAGAUUGAUGAAGAUAUGACACCAUUCUAUGUAAACUUUAAAGAAGAAUCAGAUACGCGUACAGAGAAAAACUUAAAGCAGAUUGUUGUUAAUCUUGUGAUGCCCACGUUUACGAACGGUGCGAAGACAUGACAACAAUUAAUUGUUAUUAGAUAGGAUAAGAUUGGAAAGUGAAUCACCAUCUGAGACGAGUGAUCAUUCCAACAGUUAGUUUGUGUAAGUUAGAAAAAGAAAGCAAGUGACUAUGUUGACUUUGCAAUUCUGGAAGAGUUAAGAAAUAUAUCACAGUCAACAGCAUCAAAAAGGAUUAAGAUGAGGUUAAAGUUUAAAAAAAAAAAGAGAAAGAAAUAUAAGUUGAUAUUAGUGUCAAUUAAUUAUAGAUAGGGCAAGAAAAACUUAGAAAAAGACAAACUUAAAGCAGAUUGUCGUUAAUCAAUAGAGUAAUAAUAUAUAAAAAAAGAUCAAUGACGACUAGCGCUCAUUUCGUUAAAAAAGUAAUAUUAUAUACAAAAAAAAAGAAGUUAAUGAUCAUCCCCAUACAGUUGUACCCAAAAAAGGGUUUGAAAAAACUAAACCUAACUUUUCAUCAAAAUACGAGAUAUGGGGAAUACCAUAUAAUAGUACAUGAUGUGGGUUAAAGAGGGAGCCGUAUUUUUGAUGCAUAGGUUCUACAAAUUGUUUGUAGUAUUGUAUAUAUUCGUCCAUCUCUCUAUAAAGGACUAAAUCUUCAAAUUCGUCAAGUUCAUCAUCAUCAUCAUCAUCAUAAUUGUUAAAUUCGUCAUAUAUGCCGAGAUCAUCGAGAUCAUAAUCACCAUUAUACCCCUCAUCACUUAAUUCUUCAUCAAUCAAUUCUUCAUCGUCGGUGUCUUCAUUUCUAAAUUUCUGUUCUUUUUUUUGCAAGUACACCUCUCUCAAUCUUGCCCAAGGAACGGGUGGGUAGGUAGUUCCUUAAUAAAAAGAUAAUAUAUAUUUUAUGUUGAUUGAUUUAAAAUCCAAUCUAGAUCAAUCCCAUACGAAUCAGCAACUAGAAAAUAUAACAUUUCUUUUGAAAUAACUACUUUUUUAUUAUUAACUUGAGCUAAAAAAUAGUUGCUUCUAAUAUCUCUAGGAGUUCUUUGAAGUCCUGUUGACGAUUCAAUAUGCAUAUGUGAGAACGGUUGCUGAGAGUUUCUGUAGCAAUGUAUUUCUAUUAUAUUUUCUGGUUGCUCAUCCGGGUCAUAUACUAAAAUGAAGUUAUUGAAACAAAUUACAUAUAGAAAAAGAGAUAAAGAGAGCUAUUCAUUAAUUAAAUCAUGAGGAUCGUUAUGAACAUCAUGAUACUUAUAGUAAAUUUCCUCUGCAGUAGUACGAUAAUCAUCACCCAAAAAAUGAAGA